GGAGCUAUUCAAAAAGAAAAGAUCCCAUUUAAUCAAUGUUGCAAAUUUGAAAACGUGAAUUUGAUUAGUAGAAAUGUUUACAAAGCCACUUUUAAAAAUGUUCUUAAAUUUAUUUCUUUGAAUGAUAAAUUUACACUGGACAAUUUAAUAAAUGAAGUCAGAUUAAAAUAUUUUUCUAUUAUUGAAUUUGCUCGUAAUGUUUUUAUAUUUAAAUCUAACAAUGUUAAAAGUCAACGAAAAUUGGAAAUUCACGAUAGGAUUCUCAAGUUAUAUGGAAUUAUUAAGCAUG